AUAUCACAAACAACAAACUGAUAAAUUCUUAACAAAAUUUUCAUGGCUUCUUCUUCUUCUUCUUUUCCUGAUGUAUAUGCCUGGCUCGAAAACCUUCCACCAAUCCCCCAAUGGAAAACAGAUUCCAUGUCCAUGAAUCUAUGCCCAUUUUCAUCAAUCCCUUCCUUGAAACUCUCAAUUAAGAACUAUAACUCAUCAUUCUCUCUCUCUAUAUGCGCAGAUUAUAAUCUCCCUCUCUCUCUCUGGAACUCUAAAACCUUUUCACCAAAUCCCAUAUCAAAGAAACUUCUAGACGAUCAUGAAACAGUUUCAUUUCUCUUCCAUAAUAUCAUCGAAAACGUUCUUUCGUACAGUCCAAACAGAAGUAUUUCCUCUAAUUUGCUUAGAUUUCCAAGAAGUAUUUACUCUGAAAAUAAUUUUAAAGAUCUGUUUAAUUUCUCAUUUCUUAGCCUUACUUUUAUUAUUUGCAUAUACGAAGCUACAUCUGAUCUUAGAUCUUCAUGUCUUUCAACCCUGAAAGAUCAAUUUGCAUGCCCAAAAUCAAGAGAAGUUUCCAAGAAAUUGAUGAGGAUUUUGGGGUCUAACACAGAAGAACAGUGGAUGCGUUCUAUAAAUCUUGCAAUUACUAAUUGGAUUUUAGAAUUACAAGGUGAAAAUGCAGAUUGCCCAAGUAGUAACUGUAAAACUCCUUCUCCUUUGUUUUCUUACUCGUUUUCCACAUACGGGUUGUGGAAAGUUCAGUUGUAUUGUCCAGUCAUAUCUAUGUUAGUCGAGAAGUCAAGCAGUCCUUCCCCAGAUGAAAAUUUGCUUUUCUCUCUUAAUUAUCACCAACUGGAGGGGGUGAUACAGCUUAAUCAUAAGGUGAUCGUUCAAGAAAAGUGGAUUGAAGUCAGAGUAAACACAGAUAACAUCAGGUGUGAUGUUAUGAAGCUGGUGACAGAUAAACUCAUGAAGGAGCGGGGUGUAGGAACAUCUGAAAAACACUUUCCUUCAAGAAUUGCACUGCAAAUUACACCAGCAAUGCAGGCAAACAUCAUAAGCAUAUCAGUAAGCAAAUCAUCAGAGAAUCUAACACGAGAAAUCAGCACAGAAAAGUCAAUCGAAGCGUCAUUCGAGCCUCCAAAUCCACACAUGGGGAUCAGCUUUGCAGCAGGAGAAACCAUGACAAUAAGCCUGAAUUGGUAUCUAUCAUCGGCGCAUGCCACAUCCGGAUCUAGUGGUGUUACAAGGGGCGAGGGACAGGGAAAUGUGAUUGGAAUUGAUCCUAUUGCUGUUGAAAGAAUUACUAUUGCCGUUGCAUCUGCUAUGCGAAAUACUAAUAGAGAUUUUAGUAUUGAAAGGGCUACAAAGUUUGGGGCUAAAGUGUUCACUGGCACAGCAGAUUCUACAGUUGCGCAGGCAUGGAUGACAAAGAUAGAGAGGGUAUUUGACGUUAUGGGUUGCUCAGAUGAUCGGAAGUUGUGUCUUGCCACCUUCUUAUUAGAGGAGGAUGCUUGCAAAGCAGGAAGAAUUUCUGAAACUAGUACAAGGCCAGAUGACUAUUGUAGAAUAUCAGCUAUAGACCACCACGGAGGGACAGUAGAGGAUUUCGACCUGGAGUGUCCAGCUCAGGUCAAUUCAAAUCUCGACUUCGUGAAAGUUAGGGUCCUAGAUUCAGUCCAAGUACUGUACAACAGCCAUUGGCCAGUCGUAAUUAUACUCAGGGUUCUUUCCAGAGAUCAUUUACUCCAAGACAGGGAGAGAGUUCUACUAGUGCCAGAUUUUCUUCUUGCCAAUUACGUGGAAGAUCUCAUCCUGGAGACUAUUUAA